CGUUUAGCAGGCAAAAUGGCGACGAAAAUGACACUUCUUCUUGCCGGCGUUGUUAUUAUGGCUACCCACUGUGAUGGAUUCUAUGUACCAGGAGUAGCUCCUGUAGAAUUUAACAGAGAAGAGGUGGUAGAAGUUAGGGCUGUCAAAAUGACCAGUGUAAAAACACAGCUGCCAUUUGACUACUAUUCAUCACCAUUCUGUGAACCUCUAGGUGGAAAAGACUAUAAAGCAGAAAAUCUUGGAGAAGUUCUUAGAGGUGACAGAAUUGUAAACACUCCCUACCAAAUCCAGAUGGCUACACCAAAAGGAUGUUCUGUUCUCUGCGAUCAGAAGACCUUCUCUGAAAAACAAUCAAAAGAAAUGGCAGAGAGAAUUAAACAUUCUUACUUUGUUCAUUUGAUAGUAGACAAUCUCCCUUGUGCUACAAAGUUUGAAUUAAUGGAGACUGGACAAAUACAGUAUGAACAUGGGUAUAGACUGGGAUUUGAAAAAGAUAAUGUGGCUUAUAUAAACAAUCAUUUGAAGUUUGUGUUGAAGUACCACUCAGAUGACCAGUUGACAUACAGAGUUGUAGGAUUUGAAAUUGAAGCAAAAAGUGUGGGUAGCAAAAACUAUGAUAAAGAAGCAGAUGGUAAAUGUAAAAUUAAAGAUGCAGCUCCACAACCAAUCAAUGAGAAAGGUCCAACUGAGAUUUUGUUUACCUAUGAAGUUGAAUGGCACCAAAGUGAUAUUCGUUGGGCUUCUAGAUGGGAUAUCUACCUAACAAUGAGUGAUGUACAGAUUCAUUGGUUCUCUAUCAUCAAUUCUGUUGUUGUUGUCAUAUUUCUGUCAGGUAUUUUGACUAUGAUCAUGGUGAGAACAUUGAGAAAGGAUAUUGCAAAAUACAACAGAGAAGAUGAUUUGGAGGAAACAUUAGAAGAAACUGGUUGGAAGUUGGUUCAUGGGGAUGUUUUCAGACCACCAAAACACACCAAGCUUUUGUCAUCUCUUAUUGGUGCUGGUGUACAGAUAUUUUCCAUGGCAGUCAUCACAAUAUUUUUUGCCAUGUUAGGAAUGUUAUCACCAGCAUCAAGAGGAGCCCUAAUGACUGCUGCAAUUUUCUUGUUUGUUUUUAUGGGUGUCUUUGCUGGUUUCUUCUCAGCCAGGCUGUAUAAAACAAUGAAAGGAUUACAGUGGAAAAAGUCAGCCAUACAGACUGCCACCUUGUAUCCAGGAAUCAUGUUUGGUACUACAUUUUUGUUGAACUUUUUCAUCUGGGGAAAACAUUCAUCGGGAGCUCUGCCAUUUACAACCAUGUUAGCCCUGUUGUGUAUGUGGUUUGGUAUUUCUACACCUUUAGUAUUUUUGGGCUACUACUUUGGGUACAGAAAGCAGCCAUAUCAACAUCCAGUUAGAACCAAUCAGAUUCCACGACAGGUACCAGAACAACAAUGGUACAUGAAUCAUUGGAUUGGGGUAUUAAUGUCAGGAAUAUUACCUUUUGGAGCUAUGUUUAUAGAACUUUUCUUCAUUUUCUCAGCAAUCUGGGAGAAUCAAUUUUACUACCUGUUUGGUUUCCUGUUCUUAGUAUUUAUAAUCCUUGUAAUCUCAGUAUCACAGAUUUCCAUUGUUAUGUCAUAUUUCCAGCUGUGUGGGGAGGACUACCAUUGGUGGUGGAGAUCCUUCAUUGUGUCAGGUGGUUCAGCUAUUUAUGUAUUAGCAUACUCUGUAUUUUAUUUCUAUACAAAGUUAGAGAUUACAGAAUUCAUACCUACAUUACUGUACUUUGGCUACACAUUUUUGAUGGUUGUAACUUUCUGGAUCUUAACUGGAACAAUAGGAUUCUAUGCUGCAUAUUUCUUCAUUAGGAAAAUCUACGGGGCAAUUAAAAUAGAUUAAUGUUUGGAAUAUGUUAGUAUUCUAUGUAGGAGUUCUAUAUAGACUGUCAAGGAGUUUAAAUAUAAAAUGGGAAAUGUGUCGAGAAGAAAGAACUGAUUACCAGUCUAGAGUAUUCUUGAACAAAGACUGAGAUAUGUAGGAAGUUGUGGUAAUAAUCAUCAACAUAGAAACUGCUUGGAAUUAAAAGUAUACUGUAUAUGUUGUAUUGCAUAUACAGUUAAAGCCUUUUUCUAUGUGGAGAAUAAUACUUGGGUUAUUGUAAACUAUAAUGUGUACAUUUAUAUUGAUUUAAUUUUCAUUGUCACAUUUCAUUUGUAAUUUAACUUAAUUUUUAGACAUAUGAUAUGUAUCUGAUGCAUAAACACAAAAAACAUUUUAGUAGUAAAAAAUAAUUGAAAUUGGAUUUCAAAGCAGAUAUAAAAUUAUUGAGUGGAUUAAAAUUUAUAUUUUAUCCAGUGACUUCCAUAUGAAUUCUUUUAUGUUCCCGGUAUUUUUAAAGAACUGCUUUGUUUUCAAAUGUCAACACUGUUGUAUAAAAAUGAAUGACUUGGUAAUAUAUUUGUUUAACUAAUAUCUGUGAUAAUUAUGAAACUCCUUUGUACAAGGUGGAACACUUGCAAUCAAAGUUGAACAUACUUGCUGAUGAACUGACAAGGAUGAACAUUUACUGGCAUUGUAGAGUGCCCCAUAAUGUCAGGUACAAAUUAGUUCUUGGAUGGAAAUUGCUUUUUCUGUUUUCUCUCUUUUAUAGAAAUAAUGAAUUUUUGUAUGAUUUGGUAGAAAUGUGUUCUUCAUAUUACUGAACUUUUUAACCAGUUUUGAUUGGUUGUCUAUUGAUUUCUAACUACCAAUUUCUAUUUUGUGACUUACUGGACUAACAUUUUUUUUAUGAAAUCAUUUUCUCUUCAUCUUUUUUUAUGUCUAAGCUGAUGUGUUCUGAUUUUGUAUGUUUUUCAUUCAAGGAGUUUAUAUUUGGAAUAUUCUGGUGUUUGUUAUUGGCCAUGUUUUUAAAAAACAAUACAUGAAUGUGAAUCCAUACUCAUAAUGGAUCUUGUCUUAGCCAAACCCUGCAUAAACAAUACCUCUCUUCACUGAGCUCUUGUAACAGGACGUACAGAGGAUAUUAUCUUGUAAUAUAACCUGUGUAAACAGAACACCUGUCUUAUCAGAACAAAAGUUUCAAAUGUGUUUGGUUAAGACUUGUUUCACUGUCUAUAUGGUUUUGAUAUUGUAAUAUGUGCUGCCAACACGUGUUUGCUUGAUUAGAAAUUAUUUUAGAAAUUGCUAGUUCCCAAUAAACUUAUGCUUGUAUGGUAUAUAACUUGUGUCUGUGUGAAAUCCAUUAUAUCACUAACGUUUCAUGCCUUUAGUUUUUUAAAGUAUUUUAGAGUAAUAACAAACAUCCAUCAUUUAAGAUAUUGGUUUGAAGGUGGAAAUUAUUGAUUGUAAAAUGUGGGUAUUAUUUGUAUAUAUAUAUCAUAUAUGAGGGGAUCAUAAUGUCCUAUAAGUUUGUUGAAAGGGGAUGUAUGUACUUACAUUGAUCAGAUAAUAUUGUUGCAUUCUUUAGAGUUUAUCUGCAAUGGCAUGUCCAACAACAGUCUGGCUAGUUUGCUUACCAUGUUUUGUAAGGAAGUUUGCUCAUGCUUUGCUAAUGAAAAUAACCGAUUACAAUGUCCAAUCAAAUGUCAGUAUGCUUAACAUAUAACUAGAAUUAAACUCAUGUCAAUGUCUGCCAGUGUCUUAUUUUAUUUGUAUGCUUGAUCCAACUGUCUGGCAAGGUUGGCAGGUAAAAUAACCAAAUUUUUGUUGAAUGUGCUAUUGAAGUGGACCUCCAUUGUGUAAUUGUGUACAGUGCAUGAAACUGAUGCAUUGUUUUCUUGUUUUGAAAGGUGUAGAAUGUGAGUUUGGGAUACUAAUAUUGUUAUUUCUAUUUAAGUAAUUUCGUGUUCAUUGUAGCAGGCUGACUCUUCUUGGUGCAAAUUUUAUUGACAGCAGUUUUUUUUAUUAGAAUGUUACAAUAGUUUUUAAUACUCUCAUAUCUUUUGAAAUCAAAGCAGCUUAUAAGUCUUAUCUUGUAUGAUAAAAGAUCUAAGAUAACUUGUGAAUUAAUUUAAACAGAGUUGCCUGUUUGCAAUAACAUUUGUAUUAAGUAGGGAAAUUUAAGUGGUAUAACCUCCAUAUGCAUAUGCAGAAUUUUUUUCAAUAGACUAUAAUGGUGCUAUUAGUUUCUUGUGAAUUAUGUGCCCAUAGUAUAUUGAAUACAUGAAAUUUAAAUGAUUUUUUCGUGUAGAACAUUAACAGUAGAACUCUUAAGUUAUAAAACUAUAGAUAGCAAUUAUUUAACAGAUAUCUUCAUGACAAAAAAUUGACAUCUUUAUGAAUGUUAUUUUUAUUUAUUUAUGGCACAGAUGUGAAUUAGCGCUACCUUGCACUAUAAGGAAAAAUUAAUUUUUCAAGACAUAAUAAAACAUUUUUUUUCACUAGUACACCUGUUGUAAAGUUUGUUUUUUGGACAAUCUGUUCUAAAUUUUCAGUUUUUGAUAAACUUUCUAACAAUUCAUUUUGUUAUGCCUUCUGUAAAGCAAUAUUUAUCAAGGACAGAAUAAUAUGUAAAAAAACUUAAAGACAAAACCAAUAAAAACACUAUUUGUAGACUUAGUGCAAAAACCACGAAAUCAAACAUCCCGGAAAAUACAAUUUUUCUUCAAUCUGCAAAAAUUGGUACCCAUGAAAAUGGAUAAAGACAUAUUUUCAAAAUGUUUCUAGAGAGCAUAUAGAUUUAUUUACCUAACAUGUUUAUACAAGAAAGUAUAAGGAUAAACAAAGUUACAAGUACACGUCUAUAGAUGUAAGAAAAUCACAUUCCAUUUGUGCCAUGUAUUUGUCUAUGUAAGAUAGUCAUGCAUGUUGUAUUGAGGAUUUAAGUUAUAUUUUGUAUGUUUGAGGAAUAUAUGAUUGAUAUUUGUUAUAUUAUGAAUCUGAUUGUAAAAUAUUAAAGACUUAUUACAUUU